AAGUUUUCAGUUCCAAGCUUUAGAAGGUCGUCUUGUUAUAAAAUUAUAUCAAAUACAUGCAAUGUUUUUCUUAUAAUUUUUGGGUUAUUACUUUAGAAAAAUCGGCAUGUUUGUUCAACAGCAAAUAGAGGACAGAGUGACAAUGCGUCAGCCAUCGCAUUUCACUGAUACCUUUAAAUCAUUAUCUUCUUUCCGUAAGGAUGGGACUUUAUGUGAUGUAUCAUUUCUUGUGGAUGGGAAAAAGUUUAAUGCACACAAAAGUAUAAUGUCUUCCUGUAGUGAUUAUUUUAAAGCUAUGUUUACUGGAAAGCUAGUUGAGUCUAAACAGACAGAGAUAAUAUUAGAAUCCAUUUCAUCAGAAGUGUUUGAACAGAUCAUAGAAUUUAUUUAUGAAGGCAGUUUUACCAUUGACAUGCUCUCAGUUGUGGACAUGGUGCAUGCUUCAAGUCUUUUAUUGUUAAAGGAUAUAACGAAUGAAUGUUUCCAAUUUCUUAAAAAGAAUUUAAGCUUAUCAAAUUGCUUGCGUGUUCGUAAUAUUGGUGUAAAUUAUGAUGACAAAGAUCUUGUUCUAAAAUGCACAGACUUUAUUAAAAGAAAUUUUGAGAAACUUGUUUCUGAGAAUGAGGUCUUAAAUCUGGGAUUUGGAGACUUAAAAACACUGUUGUCCUUUGACGACAUUGUCUGUAAAACGGAAGACACAGUAGCUUUGCUGCUUCAAAAGUGGUUAAAAGUUAGACAAGAUGUUGAAGUCAAUGAAGUACGUUUGUUGUUUAAAACUAUUCGUGUCAAGUUUUUAUCAAGGGAGGGUCUAAGUAGUCUACAAGCUGCUCUCAAAGAAUUGGCUGGGAAGCAUUCUUAUGAUUUUGUCAAAAUGUUCGCCUGUGAACAGAAGCUUCAGUCACGAUCGUCAAGACGUCAAACUAUUUGCCGCACGUCUCAGAGAACAGAAGAAGUCGUUUUCUGUUUAGGAAAACAUGGAGAGACGUAUUGUUACGACAUACCCACUAAACGUUUUCGUCGAUUAGAAAGGUUUCCUGUGGGCCGACAACCUGGGGAACUGUGUGUAGCCAACAAUAAAAUAUACGCAUGCGGGGGGACGCAAAACGUUUCUGUGCUGCAUACCCCAACCAGUAAUAUGUUAUACUGUUAUGACGUGUCGUCCGGACAUUGGAGCCAGUUGGCAUCCAUGGCACACGCUCGAUAUAAACAUUGCUCGGCUUUUCUUCAUGACUGUUUAUAUGUUCUUGGAGGAAAAGGCGAGGACAGAACAAACAAUUUGGAGAAAACUGUUGAAUGUUACGACACUAAAACAAAAUCGUGGAGCCAGAAGACAAUAAUGACUGACCCUCGGGUCUCCGCCACGGCAACGGCGUCAAAAAAACACGUCUAUGUUAUUGGAGGCGAAGGUAGCAGUGGCAUUAGGGGUUUAAAAACAGCAGAACGAUACUGUCCUCGCAAAGAAAAAUGGGAGAGAUUACCGGACUUAAACCACGAGAGAAUAUUGAGCUCAGCAGUAUUUUUUAAUGAGAAAGUUUUUGUUUUCGGUGGCGGAAAUGGAAUUUUUGACUUGAACAAUUUUGAAUUUCUAGAAUCGAACGAAAGUCAGUGGACUGUCGUAACUGUACCGUACGCCACGCCGAUUCACUGCGCGCUGGCUGUGCAGGACAAAAUACUGGCAAUAGGUUCGUCUGCUUGGGGAGAUGAUCUGGUUUUACAGUGCUCUGUUGUUGGACGAAGGGGUGUGCACUGGAAACACAUUAAAGAAUUUAUCCAUCCUUCCCAUCGUACUAAAAGUAUGAAGUAUGAGAUAAUAUCGCUCCUUAACUAUGAAAUUCAAAACCAACCUGAGACACAGUGCGAUUGUAAUUACUAUGAAGAAGACAGUAGUGAUGGUGGUGGUUCGCUACAAUCUUCCCUUAUCGAUUCAGACGAUGACGAAGGUUGGAUGGAUCUUGAUCCGUGGGGUAUUUGGGUAUAAGUUUUAAGUUCUCUUAAAGUUUUUCCAAUCUCUAGUUGUGACAUAAUCUAGUCAUCUUAUUCAAAAUAUGAAGUAGUAUAUCUUUCCAAGAAAACCCGAGGUCUAAAAUAAUGUUGGACUUAUAUUAUAGAGCUUAAAAAGGUAUUUAACAAGCCUUUUUAAAUUUUUUAAAAAGCUUUUUUCGUUCUCAAGAUAUUUAAAGACAUUAAAAGAAUUUCAGAUUUAAUUAUGCUGCAUAAAUUAUGAUAUCAUAUUUAAGUAGUAGCAAAUUUUGACAUUGAUUUUCUGUCAUCAGUAAUUUUAGACCUGUUAUGGGAUGUGCAUUCAAACUUUAUCAAUGCAUAAAAAUUUAAAGGUGAAUUGAUUAACAUAAUUUUUAGCUAAAAUGACACUCGUUUGCUCGUCCCAGGCCCCUUAAUUUAAUUUCAAAUGACCCAAUAACUCGGGAUCCGCGGAUUGGUUUGCAAAAAAAAAAUUUGUGUAAACUUGUAUAGGUCUUAUAUGUUUACUCACAAAAUUUGAUUGCAAACCGACAUGCAGAUCCCAAGUCUAAAAUUACUGAAUGCGGAAAAUAUCAAAAUAUGCUAUUGCUUAAAUAUGACGUUAUUAUUUAUGCAGCAUAAUUAAAUCUGAAGUUCUUUAAAUGUGAAUAUCUUAAAAACGAAAAGAGUUUUUUAAAAAAAUUGAAAAGACGUGUUCACCAACUUUUUAAGCUCUAUAUUAUAAAUCCAACAUCAUUUUAUACCUCGGGUUCCCUUAACAAACCCUAACCGCUUUGGCAGGGAUUUUGUUACUUCUCAUUGCUGGCACUUAUUGUCGGAUCUGUCAAUAAGCGUAGUGACGAUGAGAGACUAAAUGUACCGGGAACAAAGUUGAAAAAUCCGGACUCUCGAACAGAGGCCAGGUCAAUAUUUUUAUCUCGCAUUCUAGGGGGUGUAGCCUUUCUUUAACUCAUUGUACGCGUUUCAUCCCCGUAGCAUGUUAAUUCUACAGACCGUUGUAUCGUGGGUUAUUAAUUUUGCGACGUUAGUGUUUAUGACUUAUUAGGGUAAGAUGAUUUUUGUAAA